AUGCGCGAUGAAGCGAUACAGAACUGCCCUCCCCGCGGAGCGCAGUCGAUCCCGUUAUCCUUGUGUCCGCUGAUGAUCACUGGUGAAAGUCCACGUCUAUCGCCCCCCGGCCAACUCCGAAAGAUGGAGACAGACCGCUCAUAUACACGAAGCAAGCGUUGGAAGAGCGUGUGUCGCUGUGCUCGUUCAGCCGCUGCCACCGGUCCGGCUGUGUGGCUGCUCCUGCCGCCCGCGCGGGUAGGACACAUGAGCGCGCGCCACGUGAACGCGCAGGGAGGAAUCCGUGAGGGAGUUUAG